AUGACGGCUACUGUGGCUCCUCAGAACUUCCGGGACCGGCCCACUGUCUCUCCUCAAAUUCCGUCCCCUGCCUCUGGCCCGCCAGACGUACCUUCUCUCACCACCAUAGAGGUUGACCUGUCAGCAGCCCUGGAGUCCACCCCCAAUAAGCCCGAAGGGGCAGGCCGGGUGGGAGACCCCAGGCACACCCCCGCCAACUUUCAUGGAGGUGAUAACCUGAAGCCUGAACACGGGCACGGCCACGGGCACGGCCACGGGCACGGGCACGACCACGGUCACGGGCACGGGCACGACCACGGGCACGGCCACGGCCACGGCCACGGCUACGGAAGCGCCUCAGAUUCAGGCAGCAGCGACCCAGAAAAUGAGAAGCCCCUUGCUGCCAGCUCCUAGGAGCACAAAGCGCCCCGGGGAAGGUCAAGAAGUCCAAGGUGAAAAAGGAG